UGUUGGCAGUGCAGUUGGAGUGUGAGAACCAUUCUGAUUCAUCAUACUCAUAGAUAAAGAGGACUUGGCAACAAAAGGGACUUUGUGAGUGUGUGUUUGUGUGUGUUUGUAUUUGGGAGGAAUUUUGUACACGUCAACAGUGGACCAUAUAAAGUCAGAGUCUCGCAGACUUUGACCUUCUCUCACGGAGUCUCAGAAAGAGAUAUACCCCAGAAGAGGAAGCGCCACUUUAGUGAGGAGAAUGGCCUGCAAAACAUCCCUACCAGAGGAGGACCUCACGUGCCCGGUGUGUCGGGACAUUUUCAGAGAUCCCGUGGUGCUGUCGUGUAGCCACAGCAUCUGUAAAACCUGCCUGAGGCAGUUCUGGAACACCAAGGUGUCCCGGGAGUGCCCGCUUUGCCGGAAGAGGUCCCUGGACGCCGAGCCUCCCUGCAACCUGGCCCUGAGGAACCUGUGUGAGGCUGUCCUGAGCCAGAGGGAGAAGGCGUCGGAGAGUGACCAGUGCCGGACGUGGCCUGUAAGGUCUGGAGUCCUCUGCCCUGCCCACGGCGAGCAGUUCAAGCUCUUCUGCCUGGAGGACAAACAGCCUCUGUGUGUGGUGUGCCGCGACUCAAGGCAGCACAAAUGUCACGAAUGCCAACCUCUGGAUGAAGCCACGCUGGGUCUGAAGGAAAAACUGAGGAAUAAACUCCCAGCCUUGCAAGAGAAGCUGAAGGCCUUCAAAGAAAUAAAACAAACCUACGAUGAAACGGCAGACCACAUCAAGUGUCAGGCCCAAAGCACACAGAAGCUGAUUAAAAAAGAGUUUGAAAAGAUGCACCAGUUUCUACGAGAGGAGGAAGCUGCCAGGCUUGAGGCACUACAGAACGAGCUGGAGCAGAAGACCUCUUUAAUGAAGAGUACAUUUGACAAGAUGGCCAGGGACAUUCUAUUCCUCUCUGACACAAUCAGGACCAUAGAAGAGGAGAUUAGAGCCGAGGACAUCUCAUUCUUACAGAACGUCAAGGGCACAAUGGAGAGAGCGCAGUGCACGCUACAGGACCCAGAGAGAGCGUCUGGAGCACUGCUCAAUGUGGCCCAGCACCUGGGCAACCUCAAGUUUGACGUCUGGAAGAAGAUGCAGAACUUGGUUCAGUACACUCCUGUGAUCCUUGACCCCAACACUGCAGAUGCUCGUCUCACCCUGUCUGACGACCUGACCAGUGUCACCUACAGCGACAAGAGACAGCAGCUGCCUGACAACCCGGAGAGAUUCAACUGGUACCUCUGUGUGCUGGGCUCUGAGGGAUUCCUCUCUGGGGCCCACAGCUGGGACGUGGAUGUGGGAGACAGCACGCUUUGGAUGCUGGGCGUCACCACGGAGUCCAACCAGAGGAAAGGGCUGAUAUUCUUCAACAGCGGCGUCUGGUGCGUGCUGCACAUGGACGGGAGGUACAAGUCGCGAUCCUCCGGCCAGACUGGAUCGCCUCUCCCGGUGAACGGCAAACUGCAGAGGGUCCGAGUGCAGCUGAACUUGGCCAAGGGAACGGUGUCAUUCUCGGACUCUGUUCACGACACCCACCUGCACACAUUCAGACACACCUUCUCCGAGAGGGUGUUUCCGUUCUUUUUUAAUUGGUGCGCACAAUCUCCCCUGAGGAUUUUACCACAAAGAUCUUCCAUAACAAUGGGAUAACCCAAUGUGGGCCGUGCUGGUUCUUUUUCAAAAGUACCGGUAUGUUCCAGAGGGGUUUUUUGACACUGUAGAAGACAGCAGAAGAAAAAAGUAUGACACGUUUCAUCAUUCACUGAUUUGCAAAUCUUUGCAUCUUCUGACUAUUGACAUCCUCCAACACAUCAUUAACCUCUAUUCACUAUUCCCUUCAAAUGAGAGUGCUGUAGACCUACACCUUCAAAUGAGAGUGCUGUAGACCUACACCUUCUGGGACCCUUGCCAAUUAUGACUGUUUUAAAGGUAGUUCUGUUAAAUUGAUAAUUCAAUUUUCGGUAAUGCAAUAGAUUUAUUUCAAAUAUGUAAGUACAUGGCACAUCUUUAUCUAUUUUCCUCUACUUUACAGAAUUCACUGUUUACCGUGGUAUCUGUAAAACCCAGGGAUCUUGAAAACAGUAGGCCUAUAGGAAUGACAUGCUCUUCACGUUCAUAACAUGGAACUUGAUGCCUGAAGAAUCUCUUUUGUGAAACCUGAAACACUGCACAUUAAAGGAUAUAUUGGUAAACCCCUGGAUUAUCUUUGAAUUAUGCAUAGAAUGAGCUGAAAUUGAGAUACUGGCAUGGGCGCCGCCAGACCCCUUAGAGGGCACAUGCCCCAGUGUUGAACUGCUGUGUGCCCCCAGUAAAUAAGUUUAGUUUUUUUUUUUAAUUCACUGUUUUUAUUGUCAAACAAAGCAAUACUGUUUUAUGCUCAACGUCACAAUAAUAUCAAUUUCAA